CUCAUUCGGGAGCACACGAAAUGGUUUUGCCGAACCGGUUUGACUCGAUUUCCUGUAGACUAAUUUUACCGUCCUCGGUUCCGGAUGCCAAAUACCAAGUCCAUCUGGUUUCGGUGUCGUGACAUUACUUUCAAGGCUCCAGACUUUUGAGCUUUCCAGUCCUGGCUAGAAAUGCUUCAAUCCGAAGACACGGGCGGACGGAACUUCGUAAGAAUGUAGAGAAUUGCAUUCAUCCGGCUGAAUGUCUCCAAAGUAGUCCGGACUCGGCAGAGAGCCGAGUGAGUGCACGGAAAGAACGAUUUGAAAUUCAAACCAGGAAGCAGGUUUAGCGAGGCUCCUAGGUUUGAAGAAGGCGUCGGAAGGCGGUCAGACGGAACCGCGGAGGACGACGAACGAGAAGCUUCUUGAGGAAGGAACGCUGGUUGGUGGCGGUCCUCGCGGGCGGGGCCCGCAGGGGGGCGUCCCAUUGGGCCGGCCGUGUCCACAUCCUGUCGGGCGAGAAUGAAUGCAGUGAGCGAAAUUAGCGUCUUCCGCAACAGAUGGCGAUACAGUAGCGAGGAAUUCAAGUUUCUAACCGACUGCUCUGCAAACCUUGCCCAAUGUUUGUUUGAAACCCUGUAGCGUGAGCGCGUAGAGGCUUCCGCAAGAGAGGCGUCCAUCGAUGUUCUUCCUCUUCUUCUUCGCCAAUUGUUCGAAUCGAAUCAGGUCUUGCACGUCGAGGAGCGCGCAGGACGUCGCCGCUCGGAAAUUGCUCGAAGGGCGCCUUUCUUAGCCGUCUGUGCGCUCGCGGAGCUAGUGAUUUGUGGUUACAUGCUCCGGUGAUCUCUCGUAUAAUGGAAGGCGCGGAGGCGAAGGAGAGGAAUUCGGGCCCGAGUCCGAGCCCCGGGUGCGCGGAGAAACCUGCAAUUAUGCCGAGGAGGAAAUCCCGCAGGCUGAGCUUGUCAAGCCAGGAGGGCUCGUCUGUGCUGUAUACCUCGUCCGAGGGAACCACCUUCCGUCUUGAUCACGAGGCAACUCGACAGGAGGAGAUUGCGGAGUUUUUGAGACGAAAUGUGUCUUCUACAUCUGAUUUAAAAAGUUUUGCCGACAGCACACUGCGUUUGCUGAAGGAAAUUUGCAGGACUGCAGAUGCGAGAGGAGAACGAGUGAAUGUACAGAUUCCGUCCCCUGAAGUACUUAACACCAUCAGAAAUGUCGUUGAUGAUCUGAUUGAAGAUGUCAAGGAGGUGAGGAUGAAAGUCCUUAGCAGGAAAAAGGUGACUUCCCGGGAUCCUUCUGUCAUGUCAAGGAAGGUGCAUGGGUGUGAAAAUGGAAAUUCUGUGGUGCAUACGAUGAAUGUCAAUUUAAAGGAUGAUGAACUGAAACCUCAGUGGCAAGAUUCAGAGGCAGAGGCAGAGGCGGAUGCAGAUGCAGAGGUGGAAGUGAAGAUUGAACAAGGAAUGGGUGCUAUUGGGCCGGAUGAUGUUAUCCGGACAGAUGUCGUGAUCAAUGAUCUCUCAUGUUUGGCAAGUCAGUUGGGUAAGAAGAAGGCUCUCUUGAGGAGAAAGAGAACUCGAGUGAUGUGUCAGGCUUGCCUGAUUAAACCUCGUCGUUCUGUUAUUCUUGGCUGUAAGCAUUCCAUGUAUUGUAGCCCGUGUCUUAAUGAUCCGGACAUGAAGGUCAACAAUUGUCCCGGAUGUGGAGAGAAAAUUACUGAUAUUGUCUACUGCAAUGUAAGAUAAAACGGUUGAGAUUAUCUUCAGUUUUCCUUCAGAACCUUAGAUGAAACAGAGCUUUCGUUAAGAGGUUGGAGAAUGUGACUGGCAGUAGUAAACUUGAAGUGUUGGCACAGACGUUUUUUUUUGUAUAGAAUCACAGAGCUUGUGAUACCGGAGCUGAAGUACAUCGUCAGGAAUUUGUCUAGAUAUGUACAGAAGUUUUGAUAGGAGAACUCGAUGAUAAAAGAUUUUCCGUAGGUGUACAGAUCAUUCUGGGAGGUCUUCCAAUUGGUUUACUUAGCAAAUCGAUGGAGAGAAAUAUUAACAGCUUAGGAACUGCAUGGUCCAAUCAAUGACUUUAUUCUUUAGCGGCACUAAGCAGCGAGGUACAGAGAGAUGAGUUUACGGCAAAAGAGGAGUUAGUGGACAUCUUUUGAUGACUUGUUACGGCGUAAGGUGUCACGAUGGUUUGUUGUGAUCUAAUGAGUUUCGUCUAAAAGUUUGAUGGAUUUCAUGUGAAAGUUUGAAUGUGAUCGUUACUUAGAGUCUCAUAUUUUUAUAGUUCCAUUUACAUCUUAUGAAUCAAGUUGUAUCAACUUAUCAAAGCUGUGAUUGUUGUUGAGUAAAAUGACAACGGGAGAUGAAGUCUCGAAUCACUCAAUAACGAAUCUUCAUACGUACAAGUACGGACUAUAAGCAGCGCGCCAGAAUUGAGCCGGAUGUUCGCAAUUCUUCUCCCCUAUAUGUUAACAUGUCGGGUAAUUGCUAAAG